AUGGCGUUCUUCAGGUCGCCCCGCAAGAACGACGUCGCCGUCAGCGACAUCUCGCAGUCGUUGGAAAACGUGUCGUUUUCGCUGAACAUGAUGGACGUGGACACGUCGUAUCGGCUGCCGCCACGCAAGGCGCCCUACGAAAAGGAAAACGUGACGCCCGCCAACUCGCCCACCAAACUGGUGCUCCACACCUCGCCGCUCCAGAAACUGCACCGGCCCGCCGCGCCGCAGCAACAGAACAUCAAGUUGCACAACAACAUCUCCCACCUCCAGCCGCCCAACGCAUUGUUGCCGGCGGACUUCCAGCAGCGCGCCAACACGGCCAAAACCAAGCGGCUCACGUCCGUGGCGCAGCUCUACUUCCUCGACUACUACUGCGACAUGUUCGACUACGUGAUUCUGAGACACGAGCGGGCCCGCAUGGUGGAGCACAAGUUGAUCGCGGACCCGCAGUACAUGGCCGACCCGCAGCGGCAGCAGCUCGAGUGGAAGAACUACGUGGGCCGCGAGCGGGCGUUCUUGCGCAAGCGGCGCUUGAAGCCCAAGCACCGCGACUUCGAGAUGAUCACGCAGGUGGGCCAGGGCGGCUACGGCCAGGUGUUCCUAGCCCGCAAAAAGGACACGCGCGAGGUGUGUGCGCUCAAGAUCUUGAACAAGAAGUUGCUCGUCAAGCUCGACGAGACGCGCCACGUGCUCACGGAACGCGACAUCUUGACCAACACGCGCUCCGAGUGGCUCGUCAAGUUGCUCUACGCGUUCCAGGACCCCGACAAGGUGUACCUCGCCAUGGAGUUUGUGCCCGGCGGCGACUUCCGCACGCUUCUCAACAACACGGGAUACUUGGUGCCGCCGCACGCACGCUUCUACAUCGCCGAGAUGUUUGCGGCCGUCGACUCCUUGCAUCACUUGGGCUUCACGCACCGCGACUUGAAGCCCGAGAACUUCUUGAUCGACUCCAAGGGCCACAUCAAGCUCACGGACUUCGGCUUGGCCGCAGGCACAGUUUCCAACGACCGCAUCGAGUCCAUGCGCGUCAAGUUGGCCAGCUUGGAGGACAUUGGCCACUACCAGGCGCCGUCCAAGCUGAUGUACGAGCGCCAGCAGCUCUUCCGGCAGCUGCAGGGCCACCACAACCUCGCCAACUCCAUUGUGGGCUCUCCCGACUACAUGGCGCUCGAGGUCUUGGAGGGCAAGAACUACAACUUCACCAUCGACUACUGGUCCUUGGGCUGCAUGCUCUUCGAGGCGCUCUGCGGCUACCCCCCGUUCUCCGGGCUGAAGCAGGACGAGACAUACUACAACUUGAAGAACUGGAAGACUGCGCUCAGGCGCCCGCAGACCAGAGACGGCCGCUACGUGUUCAGCGACCGCACCUGGCAGCUCAUCAUCCGCCUCAUUGCCUCGCCCUCCAGCCGCUUGCUGAACUUCAAGCAGGUGCAAGCGCAGCCCUACUUCGGUGAGAUCUCCGACUGGGACGGCUUACGGGACAGGGCCCCGCCGUUCACGCCCCAGUUGGACAACGAGGAGGACGCCGGCUACUUCGACGAUUUCGAAGACGAGGAAAGCAUGAUGAAGUACAAGGAUGUGUUUGCCAGGCAGGAGCAGAACGAGACACUCUUGGAGGGCCCGCGGGCCAACGGGCGCCGAGCGGCCAACCUGAACAAUUUCAUUGGCUUCACGUUCAAGCACAAGUCGAACCCAAACAACAAGUUCCAGAACGGCGAGAUCAACCUUUUGGGGGGCGGUGGCCAAGCGGCCCGCAGACUGCCUUUUGGGGGGAGUUCCUUGGACCCCUUGGCCACGCUAUACUGA